AUGCUGAGUGAGCGCCAAUUUUCUGCUGCUCCGGUUUGCUCUGCUGUGGCACUCGUUUGCUCUGCUCCCUCUUGCUGUUGUCAGCUGCAAGCAGCGGGCGGGCGUUUGUGAACUAGGCGCCGACUCAGCGACUGGUGUGACGGCGACCUCCUUCUGCCUGUCAGUUAGUCGCUCUCUGUGCUCCUCUCUCGCCCGUCCUCUCCCUCCCGUCCUCUCUUUCCUGCCUGCCGCCUUCUGAACUGAGCAGUUCCAACCCCAGCUUCCCUCACAGGCUCACUCGAUCUGCCUCCGACGACGACGACGCCGCCAUUUUGGAUUUCGCUGAAUGUGACUGGUACGGUUGGCUAAGCUGGGUGGCUGCUGCGCUUGCUCGGGGCACAUCAGCAAGCGGCACGCAGGCAGGCUGGGCGUAGUAGCGCAGAGAACGGUUGGCUCACUUGCUGGCGGUGGAGUGUGGAUCGUCUUAGGAGAGACCGUGCAGUGGCGAGUGAGUGAGUGUGUGUGAGAGAAUCAAGUUGGUCAGAUUUUCGCUGGGAGGCCUUCUCGUCGUAGUCGUUGAUUCGGUUCGAGUCGUUGAGAAAUUUGCCUGCGACCAGGUUCUUUGUUGGUUUGCUGAACCGAGUGUAGUUAGGUUCCUCAACGUUCGUGCGACGAGGAACACGGUACGUACGCUUUGUGCAAACCUUGCAUCGGUUUGGGAUUCGAUUGUUGGCUGACUGUCCCUCGUCAACGACGACGUAUUCUUGUCGUCAAAAGCGAGUCUCCACACGACCAACGGAGUAGACGUUAGGAUCAAGACUGAAUUGAUAGGAUUUUUAGCAGCAACAGCAGCAGCAGCAGCAGCAGCAGCAAAGACAGUAGCUGCAGUAGUUGGAAAAGAAGAAAAAGAAGCGAGGGCCGCAACGCUCCUCCGUGCUCCUGGUAUCCGUGGCAGGUGGCUUGUCUGCAAGCAUUUUUUGCUAAGCACCGUGUGGCAAUGAAUGCAGCAUAGUGAGUGAGCGCCUGUGGAGUUUCCGGUGAUAGCGAACAGAAGCGUCCUCCACCGGUGGUUGUCGUUGUCGUCGCUGCUGAUCGACUUCGUGCGAAUGCACAGAGACAAAAAGAAAAAGCAAGGGAAAACAACACGGCUGUGUGUGCGUUUGCUUCACUCGACCAGCUAAAUAACUAUCCAUCAAACGAUAGUUUAUUAGUGAACGUCACGGCGGUAGCGUGCAUUCUCCUGCGACGAAUACCGUGCUGCUGAUCUUCGAGGCCGUGCUGAUGAAGCCUAUUCAUCUGUUUUCAAUGCAGUUUUUCCACGAGAAUUCCGAAGUUCCUAAAAGCUGACUCGCAGCGAGUGCACCCGCCCUAGAGAGAGAAGUCAACAGCAUCUGUAACCGCAGCAGCGUCCAUCGCAAGAGUCGCUGCAGCAGAAACAAUAUUGGUGGGAGCAAUAAACUUAGUAGUGCACAAAGACAUCGCGUAACGGCGCACAAAGCAACGGCCUCUUAGCUGCGAACUUCAACCGUUCACAGGUUGCAAGAACGGCGAGCGACGGAACCCCAGAGAACGACGGCUAGGCUUCGAAACCCCUUUGCAACAACUGCAGGAACCGCUGAAUCCCUUUACUCGAUCCCCCUAUUCUCCGAGCAACCUGCAAAAACCUGUGGGGUCACUUAGCUCUUUUGGCUUGUCUGUUCCCCGCUCGUACUUGCGCGUACGCGAGUCCAAGCGUAUUUUUCUGCUCCUGUCUCGGUGUGUGUGUGUGUGUGUGUGAAAGGUCCUAAACGGCGGAUUAGUUACAUCACAGCAGCUAGCGCUUAACGUCAGCCUUCGAUCACCAGGACAAGACAAGACAGGACAAGGCAGGCGCUAAACGCGAGCACCGAUUGUCCAACAACAGUAACAGCUAAGCCGGAGAAGCGCCGAACUCGGCAGUAUUUCCACAGGUGACGAACACGGAGUGCAGCUGCGUCUGCAACGCCAGCUGCAGUUGCAGCUGCACAGAACGCGGUCGCACAACGGACCGGCCCAACAUCUGGCUCUGUCGUGCUGAUUUUUCCUGAGAGAACUUUGCAAACUGUUCAAUUUGGCCUUGGAGUCUAAGCAUCAUCCACAAGACGACAGCAAUAGCGAAUCUCACGCGCGCGAUCCGGAGCGAUUGUGCAAUAUUGAUACGUCACCAAUAGCUACCUGAAUGCAUCAAAGGCAAGGGCGAGAUUCACCCAUCUAAAAGCAGAUCACUCGUCCAGCGGUGAGAAUUGAUUGCAUUGGCCAGCGAUCAGCAGCGGGUCGGUAUUCCGGCAUGCGGCAAUUGCCGGAACAGAAGCUAUACAAACAGCAUCAACUGCAGUGGUAUCAGCAGAAACAGCAUCCAUAGAGCAUCGAACGAGAGCGUGUGUGUGAAAAGUGUAAGCGGUGGCGGGGUGUAAGCGUGGUGAUCGCGCUGGAAUAGACUGAAACGAAACAAAGCGGAAAAAAAGCAAAACCAUCAAAGAAAAGUGUCAGCCCAAAGGGAAAUAAGGGCAAACCCACAAAGAUCGGUGACUGUGUAUUUGAAAUACGGAGGCGCCAGCGGUGUGAACUGUAGGCGACAAGUUUGUGGCUUGUGGGGGUUGUGUGUGUGUGUGUGUGAGUGUGUGUGUGUGCGUGUGUGUGUGAGUGUGUGUGUGUGUGUGUGUGUGUGUGUGUGUGUGUGAGAGUGUAUGUGUGUGUGUGUGAAUGUGUGGGUGUGUGUAUGCGUAACUGAGUCUCGGAUAAUACAACGCUGCUCCUGUUCACGCAGAACAGUGGAGUAGAAAGAGGAGUGCUGUUGAAGGCGAGGGAUUCAGCCAGCAGUAGCGGCAGCAAAGAGACACGUGAAUGAAAUCAAUAAUAAAAUGUGUAUAUUAAAAGGCGGACGGAUUAGUGAACCUCAGGAGAAAUAAAGGAUUAUCGCAUAGCCGUAAGCCGCAUAGGCACUGAGAGCCAAGCAACAGCACGUACAGCCAUAGAAAAAGCGGAUACACUUUGCCUAGAACCAGAACACAGAUUAGCAAACAUAGGGGGGUUGUGAGACCGCAAGGUAAAAAGUGAUCAGUUGCAUGAAGAAGAAAACAUGCAAACACGUCGCCACAGUGGAAGCAAGUCAACAGGACAGAAAGAAAAGCAAACGAAGUGUGCAAAACAUACCGAGAGAUCUAGUAGGGGAAAGAGCGAAUAAAUAAUUAUCUAAAUUACUACCACUUGGUAAAUACUGGGAUUUAUUUCCGCGUUCGAUUCUACCCAGUCGACCUAAAAGCCCUACACACUUCAACACCGUGCGACCUGAAGAAUAUCUUCCUACAGGCGGAUCGACGCCUGCUCUGUAGCAAUGAGCAAAUCGUCAUCCUCUUAACGUCCGCGUUGCUUAGCUAAGGUUCGACGGCAAGUCGUCGUAUAGAAUCGACACGAUAGGUGGCAGCUCGCUACUUAACAAUUUCACUCGCGUUUAGACCAAAAGCAUCACAGGCGUCGUCUUCGGAUCGCUCUCCGUCCAUACCCAAGUUUCUGACGUUUGCGGCGACAGAAUCACACCCGCAGGCUGAAGCAAAUGACUAUGCGAAACAACCUGCUGCUUUUGUUAUAUCGGCGGUGACGGUAACUUUACCAGUGGUUCUAACUCACCACUCAAAGCCCUAUACAUGCACGCGCUCGGGCCGCUGCUGGAACUAGCUUACUUAGCCAUUCAUCUGGCACAACGGUUUGGUUCGCCAAUAACGAAUAUCCAGUAACAUACAGACACGCAUGCAUGCACGCACAGGCACACACACACACGUACACACACGGUAAAGAGCGACUCUGAGCUGUAUCUGUGGGUGCAACGAUUGCCAAGACACGCACAGGUAUUCUCUGUGCAGUUGUCACUGUGUGCGCCCGCUAUAAGCCGGCUUAAACAGAGCGUCAACAUCAUCGUUGGCGUUCUCUUGCUAAAUCUAUCUAUCGAACACGAGGCAGAAUCAAGUUUCGUUCACGGAACGCACGGCAGUUUUAAGUGGCGCGUCGAAAAGACAGUCGCGCCAAUAUCCCAACGUCGACAGCUUGCGGGAGACGUCACUGUGAACCUUCCACGUAGAUCAACUACGCGAGGAGCCGAACUCCAGUCGGCCUUCUUGGCUAACUGCGUUCAGCCCAGCUACAGCAGCAGCAAACUUUAAGCAGAAUCAAACUAUCGGUGCGUCUUUUGUUCGUUUGCUUGGACUAUCGCUUGCUGGACUGGUAACACAAUCCUUUCCGCAUGUUGACAUUGGUCGUUGCCGCGUUCGUCGCAAUCGUCUGAUGCGGUCUCUGCCUAUAAACAAGUAGCGAGGCAGAUAUUGAGACUGCAAACGGAGUGAUCGCGAACACAACACAGACAACCGGAAGCGGAUAGGGACGACACAGAGAUGCGUAGGCAGCGCAACAACGAAGGAAACAACGAAAAACACAGAGAAAAUCAAACAGUGAGAAUAAACAACAGCUUAUAACUGCAGCAGGGCCUAAGCUAUUAACGACCCGCCGCUAUUCGCUCGUUGCACACAAAUUCAAAAAGAAACAAGGAGUUCAUUGAGGGAUUAAGCGAUAGCGAGAAAUUGAGGAAAGAGGGUGGCUGGGUAUUUGUGUCUGUGUGCGUCUGUGUGUCUCGAGCGUUAGCCAGCAAGCGCUAAACAAUAAGCGUUCAUAGUCAUCGGCUGCUUUUGGUGUGGUUUGAGCAGCAGCAGACCGUUCAUUGAACAGUGCGACAAGCGAGCAGCCAGAGACUCUUGAUAAAUGUUGGAAGAGAGGGAUAGACAGUAAAGGAAAAAGAAACAGUCAGCCAAUGUUAGCCAGCUUGCACACGAACGGCACGGCAAAACUACUAAACGGCCUGCAGCAGUCUAUGGCCUGCAGCCUGCAUAGACCACUUCGACAAGCAGCGCCUGCCGUCGUAUGUUAGGUUUAGUGCUGUGGUACAUACAAGAAGAGAGUGAACACACGCGGUUUGCGUACGGUAGUUGACCAAAAAUAGGUUCAUGGUUUUAGUGAUCGGUGGCGGACGACAGCGAAGGCUUACCAACAACUUCAAUUGAAGGCCUUAAUAGUCUACGCUCGAAAGGGUGAGGCAGUCGAGUGCGUGGGGGGACAGAGUCGCGGUAACAGACAGCGGCCGCAGCAACCGGCUAUUUUCCGUUGCUUACAGCUACUCCUGUACGGGAAGGUAAGGCACGAGGGUCUUUUUUCCCGUAGCGUGACCGGUUGCUGCUGACUUCUGCUGUCGGUGGCGCUACCGGUAAAGGCGUGUGCAUUAUCGCAAAGCAACGAUCUGGCGUAUUUGUCGUUUUAACCGUUACGUAGUUCUGUCGCGAAAGCUCUUAUGGCUGUUAUAUAGUUUGUUAAAGGGUGCGACACAGAGAGAGGCAAUGCAACAGUGCAGGAUAUAGCAGAAGAAAGAGACAGGCAUACAGAUAGAUAAAGGGUAGUCAGCUGAACUUCGCGGCACGAGUUCUGAUGAGUUACAGCAACGCUGAUGCAACAUCAACAAAAACGACAGCCACAAAAGUCAUAAUGGGGCUACAGUACGGACGACGGUAGCUAAACGAAAACCAAGUAGUGAUAUAUGCAGUGCUUGUAGUGCAGGCAAUAGAUGCUGCAACACAGGUCAGGACCAGGGUUUCGAGUUAGAGUUUUUCGGUGACGGUCAAGCUAAGGAAGUCAAUAAGUCCGGAACAAAAGAGUCCAGCUGUGGGUGAGUGGCUACGAAAACUGCCACAAAAGGUUGUUGUCAAACGGUUUAACGGAAGUCUAUCGAUGUCAAAAUCAAUGGAUAGAUAGCACCUAUUUGGAGCCGAUUCUAGUGCUGUUUUGGUAUGUGUUCACGCAAAAGUGGUUCAACGCAUGGGAAGGCCUAAAAAAGCUGAAAAAAGAGUGGAGUAAUAAUAAAGCGGUUGAUGAUCGUGCGCUAGCGAGCAACAAGUGUUGAACGUAACACCGUGUCGACGUGAUGAUACAAUUCUAUGAUUAAAGAAGGACGAUUGUUGUUCGACUGUUCGCUUGUGUGUGUAACCACUAAGUUUCAAGUGCUAGCAUCAGUGAAGUGCGCUCUUAUAUAUUGUUCAUUAAUUUUCGAUAAUCAAAAUGAAGCAAACAAAAUAGCCGACAAAUAAGAAAUAGAGAAGUCUCAACGAGUUUACCCUGCAAGACGUACCAGUCCUGAUUACAUACUAACUGAUUGGCGUCAUCACAAGUUGAUCUGCGAACAGUUAUAGACACUGCCAGCCACGCCCGAACCAGUCGAAAGCCGGCGGCUAUAUAGCGGCCGAAAGCUAACCGGAUUUAUUUGGUUGUCGGUGGCUUCGUGAAGUGACAAGCCUGCUGCGUACGCAAGUGUCGCGUGACUGUUUUAGGUCUUAUUCCCUUCUGAUUGUUAACGACACAAACGAACCUCCUAAACAAAGCCCAAGAUGGGGUGUGCUAUGUCAGCUGAGGAACGGGCGGCUUUGGCCCGUUCGAAGCAGAUUGAGAAGAACCUUAAGGAGGACGGCAUCCAAGCAGCAAAGGACAUCAAACUCCUACUGCUGGGUGCUGGAGAAUCCGGAAAAAGUACCAUCGUCAAACAGAUGAAGAUCAUUCAUGAUAGCGGAUUCACACCGGAAGAUUUCAAGCAGUACAAGCCGGUCGUAUACUCGAAUACGAUCCAGUCGAUGGUGGCCAUCCUCCGAGCGAUGCCGUCGCUCAGUAUAAACUUCUCCUCCUACGAACGGGACGCCGACGCUAAGAUGGUAUUUGAUGUCGUAUCGCGGAUGGAAGACACGGAACCAUUCAGCGAAGAUCUGUUGGCCGGCAUGCGACGACUGUGGCUUGAUGCUGGCGUACAAGAGUGUUUUGCACGGAGUAAUGAGUAUCAGCUCAACGAUAGCGCGAAAUAUUUCCUUGACGACCUAGACAGACUAGGAAAAAAGGACUAUAUGCCAACGGAACAAGAUAUUCUGCGGACCAGGGUGAAAACCACCGGCAUCGUUGAGGUCCACUUCUCCUUCAAGAAUCUCAACUUCAAGUUAUUCGAUGUCGGAGGACAGCGGUCCGAGCGGAAAAAAUGGAUCCAUUGUUUUGAAGAUGUAACAGCAAUUAUCUUCUGCGUGGCCAUGAGCGAGUACGAUCAAGUGCUUCAUGAAGAUGAAACAACCAACCGCAUGCAAGAGUCCUUGAAACUGUUCGACUCCAUCUGUAACAACAAAUGGUUCACAGACACCUCGAUUAUUCUGUUCCUCAACAAAAAAGAUCUCUUCGAAGAGAAAAUUAAGAAGAGCCCUCUAACGAUUUGCUUCCUCGAAUAUACAGGGGCGCAAGAAUAUGGCGAGGCAGCGGCCUACAUCCAGGCGCAAUUCGAGGCAAAGAACAAGUCCACAACAAAGGAAAUCUACUGCCACAUGACGUGUGCCACAGAUACGACCAACAUUCAAUUUGUAUUUGACGCAGUAACAGAUGUCAUCAUUGCGAAUAAUUUGCGAGGCUGUGGCCUCUAUUAAACCACUAGCUUUUUCUCACCUCUCUCGCUCUCUUUCUCUCUCUCUCUCUCUCUCUCUAUAUAUAUAUAUAUAUAUAUAUAUAUAUAUAUAAUCCGAGCGGCCGUUUGCAACAGAAAAGGAAGCAGAUGACAAGAAUAAGCAGACGAAUAGUAUGAAGCCAGAAACCUCGAGCGACGGACGCAUCGAUCUGAAACGGAAAAAAAGCCACCAUUAGCUCAAUGGGUAUGUUACAUUAAGAAACACGAUCAAAUGGCCGCGAAACAGGCAGGCGCUCAGAAGCAGUUGGAAACACUUGCUCAUAAGCUGCACUGCAUAAAAAUGAAUUCGUUCAUCCCACUCUCAAGGCGGUUUCAUAAUCAUGGCUUACUGAUGCUAUUCAUCCAAGCUGUUCAUGAACGUUAAGGAAAACUUUAAGGCCUCAAUAUAGGUUUGAAAGUCCAUACUUAAGGACAAGUUCGGAGAGAAAUCAAACGGGAAACACAACAGAUUGUUUGCGGUAGGCCAAUAAAAAAAUCCGGCCUUGAGCAAAACACGCUACAGCGCUGAAACCGAAUACGAUUAAAUCAUCGAUUAUCGCUGGCUGCUGGAUCAUUCGAUUUGGACAUGUCUGGGUUUACGGGUUAUGCCGACAUACAAAACGCGUUUGCGGCUCGCUAUCGACAAGCACUGCGCCGUUGCGACCACCAAUUCCACUAUCGGCCAGUUGGUGCACAAACAAAGGCCGCGCGAUUUCCAUUAUCGUCCAACUCAACUGCUCAACUACAUCCAUCCAGGAUUUAAUAAAUACCACUAAGAAAAACCAAUAUGUACCGUAAAGAAAUGAGCUAUCAGUUCUUACAAUAAUCUAUUUCGCGGUCAAAAUCUAUACUUGGACCUAUAUUUUGAUGGGAAUGGCUAGCAACCGAGUGAAAGAGUGCAGAAGAUAAAAACACCUCGCCAGCGACUGUACAUCUACCAAUUCGUUGUAUUCUAUCUGCUCCAUAUAGUAACGCGGCUGGUGAUAUUUUCCGUAUCUAAUAUAUAUAGGGCAUAUAUAGUGGUAACAAGCGAUGACCGAAGCUGAAAUACUCGCGUGGCCUUGACACAAAGACGGCAUAAAACCUUUAGUUUCGCCUUCAGCCUAGUUCUCCGAGGCACUCGUUCAUCCAUUGCGGGAUGUGGAGGAGGCCUCAGUGAUGAAGCUGGAAUUAGUGAAUGGUAAAUCCUAAAAUAUCGCUAAACAUGCUUGUCUGAAGGUUGUGCACCGAUUUAAGCCCGAUACAGCCGACGACUGCAGAAAAUGACAAGGUAAGCAAACUAGCUGACCACAACAGGUGAGCUGUAACAAUAACGGUCAGCAGAAUGAAAAAACACAUGGAAUUCAUGAAGAACAUAUAUAUAUAUAUAUAUAUAUAUAAAACGAGACGAGAUCGAUGUAGUGGACUUCAAGGGUGAUCAACUGUAGAUAACUGUUUUAAGAAAGCUAAAACCUACCACCGAAAAAUACCGGUGAAUUAUAAAAUAGCUACAACUAUUCGAAUAUACAGGCAUAUAUAUGUAACAUCCCCACUGAUUUUAUGGAUCACGACGGCGGGCGCUAGCGAAGACGCCCGCCGACUGUCGAUAACGAUAAUAGCAGUAAAAACACAUCUGUACUGUUUCGGCAGGCGAGAGCUUCUUUGAUUUGCCAAAUUCUUGUUAGUCUCUCUCUCUAGUAUAUACAACCCAUGUUAAAAUAACCAGAAGGAGUCUCCCUGCCGCGCACAGCAAGAAAUAAAUAAAUACAGAGGAUUCGCUGAUUCGUUGCGAUACAGAAUCACAUAUGGACAGAUAUGUACUACUAGUAGUUCUAAGCAAGCAUGGCAAGAUAAUAUGAGCAAAAUGCAAGUAUACGAGACGGUACUGGGACAAAUGAUGAAAUAGUGUAUGAGGAUCAGUGUGUAACACGCGACAGAAUGAUAAACAGAUUGAUCCUACUAUACUCGAGAAGCCAACCAUGGUAUUGAACUGCGUAGGGUGAACCAAACACGACGGCUCGGGACUCGAGCCGGGCGGCCGUUUAUACAUCCGGUAUUGGCAAGAAAAAUACGUGAAGAGAGAGAAAUGAAAUACAGAGAGAAAGAGAGUAGAGAGCAAGAACUAAAAGCGAUUAACAAAACAAAGCCUCCGAAACGGCCAAUGACAGCGCCUGGCCCUGACUUUAGCGCAAGAAACGUCGACGGGCACAACUGAAAUGGCCAGUCGAAGCGAACAGAAACCACUCAUGCGCAGUCUUAUAACUACUAAUAUUACUUAUAUUAAACAGUCCCAACGAUUCCUGUACCUCUAUAUACACACACACACACACACACACACACAGACACAUAUAUAUAUAUAUAUAUAACAAAUGGUUAUGUGUGUGCGAUUAGAUGAUAUGUGCUGUGCACAUGGGCGGCCGCACAUACAGAACUCUUCCAAAUACUAUUACGCUAUUGUUAGUAUAACAACAAUAAGAACAACUCUGCGAUGGCACACACGUGGGCGUAAGCUGAAAGACCAAGAAUUGAGCAACUGCUACUAUAAGAGAUUAGACAGAAGAUGUGAUUAAGAUGUGUACAUCUCUAGCCAUCGACUGGGGAUUGGAGACCUCGAAGUCAUUGUAUUCUUCAUCCUCAAACAAAAAAGCAGUAGUGGUAGCCGAUGAGGCUCCUGCAUUUAGCAUCACUAGACCAGACAGACCAGUAAUCCUGCCCAUUUUACCUGCAAGUCCUUCGCUCAAUGAAAGAGAGAAAGUCAGUGAAGCACUCCCAAAUGGAGCACACUCGAUCGGUAUGUUUGUGUCUAAAGCUAUUUAUUGGGUUGCGAAUUGUUGAUGAUCUGAAUGGCAGUGAUUCGGUGUCUAAACAGAAGGACCAAGAAAGAGUAUGCGGAGGGCACGAUAAUCUGCAUCGUGUCAAAUCUUAUGGCUAGGGGCACCGCCGAGCCAGUGACUGAAGUAUAGAGUUUCUGAACGUAGUUGGUGAAGGCUUAUGUGGUCAAAUUCAAUGACGAUCGAUCGCGUCCCAAUUUAGCUGUACGAAGUCAAAGCGAACACCUUCGUAAUCAUUCAUACUUGUAUAAGUGCAGUAGGCCGUGAGCAAAUGCAGAUAGCAAUGUUGCGGGAGUGAGCUGGCAUCAGAGCGACGGGACCUGAGCAGAUUCGGCAUGAUACGCAUAAGAUGUACACAAUGUACGCACAGUGAAGUCUCAAGUUAGUGAAAACAGCUAACAACAUUGAGAGCAGGAUACGAAAGGCGAAUGGAAAUUAUACCAAAAUCAGCGGACGUAGACGAAGAACGCAAUGCGACUCAUGAACGGAACGUUGGCGGCAACGCUGCGCCUUGAGAAAUGGACACCUCGGUGACGGAUAUUCGUACCUCGUACAAUGCGGUACGUUACAAUACAGUGCGGCGUCAUCACCGAAAUCUUCGCCACAGAACAAUGUUUCUCACGACUCGAUCUGGAAGGAUCCUGCAUCCAUAUCCGGUGCACACCCUCAAGGGCAUUCUGUUGGCGCCGGCUACGCUCAGCACCCGUUAUGCUGUAUAACCAACACCACGGGAAGAAGGGUGAACGCGCGCAGAUCGAUUGCCUGUGGGUCGUAACCCGAUAGUAAACUGUGGCGUUUCCGCAAAACUGCCGAGGUCUCUGUUACACCCCCUAUUGUAUUAUACUAGUCAGCGAAGUCGUACGCCACAACGAUCAUCGCAUGAUUCUUUACAAUUAAGUAGUAAUAGCUAUAAUUAUUAUAAGGUAACAACUAUAUUAAGUUAAUAUAGAUGAUAAGGUCGAUCAAGAGAAAAGAAAUGAUGACCCACUAUAUAACACGCUGGUAAAUAAUAAGAGAAAUAACUAAGUGGAAUGCUUGAGUGAAGGUUGAUCACGAUAUGAAUGAUGGGAAAUAAGUAUUAUUAUAAAUAAUGAUAUGAACAAUGAGGCGUCAGAGCAAAAAAGGAAAAUGCAGAAGGGGAAGGAUAAAAUAAGGAAGCCAGAAACACAACGAUGAGAGUACUGAACGAUGACAUGAUGACUCAUUAUUACAUGACAAACGGUAAUAAUUUCACGGUGAUGCUUCCAUGUCAUCAUAAUACCUCCGUAUUAACAGGAACAACCAUAGUCAAGCUCGAAGGUAACGGUGUUUCGUUCUUUGCCAUAAAAUAUAUAGUAAUUAAGGACAUUGCUAGAAGCAACAACAAUUUACAGUAUAAAUAUACACAUGUGUAACAUUAUUAUAUGAUUAUUGUUACCAUGAUGAUUAUAUUGAUAAUAAUUACUAAUAUUAUUAGCAUGGUUACCAUAAUUGAGUAGAGUGAAAUGGUGAAGGCGAACUACGCAGGUACGGAGAAGGGUUCAAGUGAAAAGGAGUGUAUCAGACUGGGACAUAUAAAUAUGGCAGAGGAAAAAGUCUCUCAAAUUAAGAGGCCAAUUAAUAGUAGAUCUUCGAGAUGAACCGCUGUAACAAAUCGAAGCGCUGCGAGACACACGAAAUAUUUCUCGCCGUUUCGGAGAGCUGUCGAGCAGUUCCGCCGGUCUAGAGCGUAAAAAACGAAUGAAAAGAAACAACAACAACAACAACAACAUACAAAUAAACUGUUUAUGGCAGACGACGGAAUCGAUGAGGUAUAUAUAUAUAUAUAUAUAUAUAUAUAGUGGCAAGAAAGGACAGCAUGACUAAAAAAAUUGAGAACGAUAUAUGACAGAGAAAAUGUGUGCGAGAGAAAACGAGACGGACUGAAAGAAACGGAUGAAUAUAAGACACUAAUUAUGGAUGAUACGAAUAAGAUAAGAUACUGAAAUAACAAUAACGCUGAUAUAACGAUUGAGCUAUACUACAAUAGCAAAAAUAUUAGUACGUCUCGGUUGAGACAGCCCUUGUUGCAAAGAUAUGGAUUAUGAUCAGUUCAUUAUUAUUAUUAUUACAUACUCACACCGCCAUACGCACCUCAUUACCGCAUAGAGACAUAUAGUAUACAACACAAAAGCCAUAUACUACACCCGAAUGAAGCAUACCACAAUCUGUACAAAACAAAUAUAUCACGCAGCAUAAACAAAAUGAACAUAACCGCCCACGCACGAACACACACUAAACCAGGACAUACAGACAAAAAUGCCGAAUCCACACAUAAACAUAAACAACAACAAUAAUAAUAAUAAUGCCCAGUUGAUCUACAGACGACACGCAGACUAAAGCAGAGUCAUAUCCCAAAGCAGAAAGCGCUAACAGACGAUUAUCACCAUAAACACAGAUUACGUGCUACGAUGCGGUAGCGAAUGGACGCAUCGUGUCUUAUUGCGAGUAUAUUCGUUGAUUAUCAGGUAGCAGCGCAUUUUUUCCGCGGUGUGUGUGUGUGUGCUUACAAACAUUUUGGUCGUUAGCUUGCCUUUUUAAACCGUACAGUCUGUGUGGGUCUACGUGUCUCCUGUAACCAGCUUACUAACUCAUGACAAACGAACGUGUGACGAAGCAACUCCGUCAGUCAGACAAAGCCAUACUGAGAGCUCUAUGAGCGAGCGACAACGAUUUGAAAAUUGAUUAAAGACAGUAGGUUUAUUAUUGUAAACAAAGAUCUAGUGGCAUUAUGACAACAGCUUGUGUGAUUAAGCGUUCAAUCCUCCAAAGAUCUAGUUAUUACUAUUAUCGUUGUUAUUAUUAUUAUUAGUAUAUUCUGCUUUUCGUUUUUUGUCAACUGCGCGCAUGACGAUGAUUUUUAGUUGCGCCCUACAUAUGACUGUUAUCUCACAUAGACGGCGCACCUAAAAACGUAAACAACUGAUAAUGGAAACACGACAGCCAAAUACAUCUUUGAACCUAUACAGAUCAACCGUCGACCGAACCACCACACAUAAAAGCAGCUCCCAGCCUAAAUUGUAAUUUAUACAAAACAUAGAACGAAUAUAAUUAUAACUGUAAUUAAACAUAUACAUAAAAAUAUUGAUAGAGUUGUUAUUACUAUUCCCCUUGAUAUAUAGUGUUCUUACGAAAAGAGCGAUCUGGAUCGACUGCGCUAGAUGUUUCUGUUUGUUUUGAGUUAAUCGAAGAUAACUAUUCUAUAUGUAGUACAAUCAGAUGUAUUAUCCCUCUGAGUCUCGCCAUAUUUAGUCAUGUUUGUUUAUUUAUUUCAAACGAUAGUAAAAUUAUUUAGGAGCAUUUAUUUAGGAGGAAUUUUAUCCUCGUUGUUAAGACUUGUCACUGUUAUUAUAAUAUUAUUGAUCCGAAAGCAGAUAUUAAUUAACAAAUUUACAUUAAUUUAUUUCAUCUUGCUCAGGCGUCUUCGUCAGUAAGAUGUGUAGUUUUUCUCCAUCUUUCUGAUUUUCCCAGUUUAUUUAGCAGUGAGCGUGCAUUUGGCGAAAAUGUUUAUUGAGGAGUGAUAUAGUGGUUUAGCGGUUAAUAGUGGCUUUGCGUCGCUUGGAUAUUGUACGGAGCUGUCCUAAGCAGGUCAUCCUCUUGAUUACAUCCAUUGUCGCGGGUUUUCGUUGACUAGAAAAUUGGGGCCCAGCGGCUUGGUGCGCUUCGGUGGCAUCUCCAUCUAAGGCCACCAGAAAAAGUAGCAUAUAGCGGUGGGAGGUAAAGGAAGCUUCGCUGCAAAGCCGGACAAAAUUGAAAAUUACCCAAAGCAUUUGGACCCGGUGUAAACUUCCUUAGCUCGUAGCUAUCGAAAGCUAGGAAGGAAUCUUCCGAUCGAAGGAACGCUAUCUAGACCGCCCAACUGCAUUCGCAUGAAAGGUACGUGGCCUUCGCAUCAGUGUAUUUAUUUGGGCUUGCAAGGUCGAAUUACGUUGCAACUCUUCUUUCCAAGCAUGCGGAUGCUACUUUACCCAGGAAUGAGGUUAGAACCUCAAUAAAGCUUGAGUUUAACGGAGCUACGGAAAAAUUAAGCAAAGUGCACAAUGACUCCUCCACAUUGCUUUGGCAGCCAACGGUGUAUGCUGUAUUUGUCGACUACCAACAGUAAUAUUGUUCUGUACAAAUGAGAAGAAGAAAAAAAAAAGUCAAUUCUGUUUAUUUUUAUAACGACGAAAAAGGAAACCAAUACACUGAACCCGGUUGGUCACUUCCCAAAAUCAGCGAACGUGCAGAUUGAUAAGCAGACAUGUAGUGUCCAGCUUCAGCAAAUACCGCAGCUGAAAUACUCCAGAUCUUAUAGUUCAACCCAACAACCAAGCAACGGCUGUUGAUAGCUGCCGCUUCGGAUACCGUUGGGCAGGAACAAGCGGGGAAUUAGCUGGAAUAGAAAAAAGCAAGCUAAAAGUCUGUAUAUCAGAGAUCGCCACAUAGUGUGAUGAAGUCAUUACGGCGUCCUGGUGUGUGGUCUCUCAAGGUGCCAUGUUGAUGAAGCCUAAUACUGUAAAAUAGUUUGCUGUAAAACAACGAUACUAUCCAAUUACCGUGUCAAAAUCAGGUUUUGGCGUGAACAGUCCUUUUUUUUUUUGCUAUUUCAAAGGAUAA